AAGACAUCAAUCCUCGAAGCGAUUUUUAAAACUCAUCCUCAUUUUGUUUCAAUCCUACAUCGAUCAAUUUUCAAAAUUUAAUACCCGAAGGUAUAAUAGAAAUAGAAAUUAAUUAUAGAAUUGUAAUUUGGUCAGCGCGACUUGUUCAAAGAAUAGAUUAGGUGAAUAAAUUAUUUGUUCACAACGAUACAUUGUUACCGUUAUAAUUUCACAUUUUUGAUUAUGCUGUUGCUACAUGAUAAACUCGAAAUUGAGAAAAGUUUGCUGGUCACCUUAUAUACAGCAGAAAUUAUAUGUCAGCAUCGUCUUGCGUGGGGUAUGGCAAGUUCAUGUUUCAGUAAUGUGGAUGAAUAUGGCUUUGAAAGACCCCAAGACUUUGACUAUGAAACCUACGAAGAUUUUAUGUCAGAGUACCUCAAAGUGCUUGCUAAAAGGGCAAAGAAAUGGUCCGAAAUCAUUGGAGAAGGGAAGUCCUUACAACGCAAUAUUACGGUGAAAAGAUAUGUCAGAAAAGGAAUACCAGGAGAGCACAGAGGAUUAGUGUGGCUUUCUGUCAGUGGUGGGGAGGAAUUAAAGAAUGCAGACCCAGAUCUUUAUCAAAAGCUGUUACAGCCUCCGCAUAACAAGCAAGUCGCGGAUAUUAUUAAAACUGAUCUGCCAAGAACUUUUCCUGACAAUAUAUUUUUCAACAAUACAGAAAAUCAACAACACCAAUUGUAUAAUGUUCUCUUAGCAUUUGCUCAGCAAAAUAAAGCAGUAGGAUACUGUCAAGGCUUGAAUUAUAUAGCAGGUUUAUUACUGCUCGUCACAAAAAGCGAAGAAACAGCUUUUUGGCUGUUGAAAGUUUUAAUAGAAAGAAUUUUACCUGAAUAUUAUACACCGACAAUGGACGGCCUCCUUACAGAUAUCGACGUCCUCGCGGAAUUAGUUAGAAUUAAAAUGCCAGAUAUUUAUCAGCAUGUAACCAAUAUAGGCUUACCGUGGCCAGUAAUUACAACGAAAUGGUUUGUCUGUUUAUUCGCGGAGGUGCUACCAAUCGAGACUACGCUGCGUAUAUGGGAUUGCCUUUUUUACGAAGGCAGUAAGAUUAUAUUUCGUGUUGCAUUAACUCUGAUAAAAAGGAACAAGUGCAACUUGCUUGCUUGUCAAGAUUUCACAACACUAGCAGAAUGCUUUAAAGAGAUAACAAAAGACAGUAUUGUUUUAAAAUGUCAUGACUUCAUGCAGAGUAUAUUUAAAGUACCUGGAUCACUACCUGGUAGCACGAUUUUUAAACUGAGAACAAAAAUAUCGCGACAACGCGCUGAGCAAAACGAGAAAAAACUAGGACGAUAAUAAUAAUAGAAAGUGAAAUCAUUUUCUCUAUUGGGAAACUCUAGUCAAUAUAUUGUUUUAUGGUAAUUCUUGAGAAACGAAUAUGCUGCGUAAUAUUAUAUAUUAUGACGUUACUUCUACAGUGUUCUUGUAAAUACGAAUCCAGUAUCAGAGAGACC